GGCGCCCAUGAGAGCAGUAAACAUAGAACAGAAAGCACAAGUUCGCGACUAGGCCGGCGAUGAUGCUAGGACAGCAUGAUUUCCCUGGCUAAUAAAUAUCUGACGCGUAUAAAUUACCGUGUCAUUCGACAUGCGUCCCUGCCUGCCAAUGCCUCUAUUUCGCUCGGAGAACGCUUGAGGUCGGAGCGACGGCGGUUCUGCACGGGCAACUCUUUUCAGUGCGAGGUGCGCUACGAAUGGAAAAAUCCCAAAUCUGACGACGAAGUGGUCAAUAUCACUUACGUUAAAAAAGAUGGAUCGAAAGUGGCGGUACGGGGCAAAGUUGGCGACAACCUGUUGUACUUGGCUCACCGCUAUGGCAUCGAGAUGGAAGGCGCUUGCGAGGCUUCUCUAGCGUGCACGACUUGUCAUGUCUACGUUGGGGAGGAUUACUACGACAAGCUGCCUGAACCCGAUGAAAAAGAGGACGACCUUUUGGAUCUGGCGCCCUUCCUCAAAGAGAACUCCAGGCUCGGCUGCCAGAUUAUACUGACCAAGGACUUGGAAGGAAUGGAGGUGACGUUGCCGCAGGCGACACGCAACUUCUACGUUGAUGGCCACGUGCCCCAGCCACACUAAGACCGCGAGCUCCUGCUUCUCCGCGUAGUGUAAUUUCAUGAUUGUACAGAUUCUGUUUUAGUGAUUAAAAGCAUGUGCAGUUCA